AUGACCACCGCAGCGAACAAUGGCCAAAAGGCUCUUGAUUCCAAGGACUACCCCGCCGCAAUUGCCCAUUACACCCGCGCCAUCAACUCCACCGUAUCUAGCCCCAUCUCUCCCCUCUGGCUAAUACAGCGUUCCACUGCCUACCAACGCACCGGUGCCUAUGCCCGAGCCCUCAAAGAUGCCGAGCACGCACAUCAAUCGGCCACCGCUCGCGGUCGUAAGGAACUCAUCGCAACCGCGCACUUCCGCCGCGCAGUUGCAUACUAUGGCUUGGGCGAGUAUGGAAAUGCACGCAUGUGCUUGAUCUGGACGCGCCAGUUCAAUGAGAACGAACGCGGGUUAGGCAUGUGGCAGGCCAAAGUUACGGCGGAUUGGGAGAGGGCGGGCGGGGAGGCGGCGGAGUGUAAUAAGGUUACUGCUGUGGAGAAGCCAGUGUACACGGAGAGUGAAGAUAUUGAUGGGAUUAAACAGCAGACUGGGAAGGAAGAGAACAAGUCUAAAGGGAGCGGAAAGGGAAAGGAGGCGGUUAGGGAGGAGUCCGGUGCUGCUGUGGCGAAGCCUGUUGCUGCUGCAGUGAAGCCGGCGACUACAGCGUAUGAUAAUAUUCGUGUCGAGUGGUAUCAGACUGGUACGAGUGUCACGAUUGAGAUUCUCUGCAAGGGGAUUCCGAAGGAACGUACUACGGUAAAGUUUGAGGAGGGUCAGCUCCUAGUCAAGUUCCCAGUCGAAGCAUCAAACUGCGAUUAUGAAUACAACGCCACCCCACUCCACCAAAAGAUCGACGCUGAAAAGAGCACCUUCAGAAUCACGCCCCAUAAGCUGGAGAUUACUCUUGUAAAGCAGGACCAAGGCCGCAAAUGGUCCGAGAUAUAUCCCGCUCCUGAAGACACCCAACCCGAAGAACCCCUCGUCUGGACCAAAGCACAGUUAAAAGAGUUGGCCCUUAAGGCAGAAGAAAACUCCGCUGCCAACCCCCUCACUCCCGCUGAAGAAGAGGCCCUCCGCGCCCACUAUGGCGUCAAACCCGGUGAGCCCCUUCCCCGUCCACGACACCCCUUUCAUCCCGGCGUGGACUGGGACAAAGUCGUCACAAAAUCAGAGGAUGAUGAUGAGGACCUCGAUCCAAUGCAGAGUUUCUUCCAGAAGAUCUACAAGAACGCGACCCCCGAUUCGCAACGUGCAAUGUUGAAGAGUUACCAGGAGAGUAAUGGCACGUCGCUUAAUACGGUUUGGGAUGAUGUGAAGGAUGCGCCGGUCGAGACGCACCCGCCGAACGGAAUGGUGGCUAAGAAGUGGUAG